AUGAACAUGAGCUUGUCGGCUGCUGACCUUCCAACAGCUGUGACAUCGCCAAUGCGACAAGAAUUGCAGACACAGUUGCAGUUUGUCAACAGCGCAGGCCCGGAAUCACUCAGGAAACCUGAUACCAAGAGGCUUAUCCGUGCACAUGCGGCUCGAGCAGCCCACUCAAAGAUCAGACGGGCACGUAUUGUAGAGUAUCAGAAGUCAAAAACCUCACAGGAAGAGGUUGAUGAAGUGUCAACCCCGGGACCGGUUACUUUGCUGGGCAGCGGACGCAUUGACCCGUUUAGGACUUAUGCCGUUCAUUGCACGGCAUUUGAGCAUGCCUUAAUCGACCACUAUGUCCAGUUCCUUAUUCCUAAUCCCUCAUCCCACUUUUCGCCACUGGGGAGCAACACACACACUGGACGUAUGUACUCCCAUUGGGUCUCAUAUACCAUCACCGACCCAGGUAUGAUGAACGGGCUCUUCCUCGCCGCAUGUCGCAGUCUCGCAAACCAGACCCACGAGGGCGUCUACGCGUCCCAGGCGCUGAGAUAUAAGGGCGCCUGCAUUCGAUCAGUUGCGAAGGCAAUUGAAGACGAAGGCGAUAGUGUUACCGAUGCAACGGUUGCGAAAGUGCUGUUUUUAGCAUCCGAUGAGUUCCACACUGGUAAUUUAAAUGGAGCGAAGAGCCACACGAAAGCAAUCGGGGACAUGGUGAAGAUGAGAGGUGGGGUGGAAACGCUUGGACUGGAAGGCCUUCUCCAGCAACUUGUAUUAUGGAAUGACCGAACCUCAACUUUUUACAGUGGCACAAUGCCAAACUUUAUGCACACAGGCAGCUGCCAAAGACUGACCGCCGUUGACCAUCUUACUCCAGGCUUCUUAUCAUAUUUCGAAAUGUCCGUGCUCAGCUUCUACGUAGGCGCCAUCCUCAACGACAUGUGCUACUUCACCAAAACCAUCAAUCACUUCCCAAAGGGAGCAGGUAUCCCCACCGAAUUAAUAAAACGGAUCAACGACAAAGAACUGGAUGUCCGCUUACUCAUCUUGAGCUCAGACCAUAGAUGCCCUUCGGCGCGCCGGAGCUACACACAGAUCGAGGAAUGCCUGGCUCUAGCGCUCAUGGUUUAUCUGACCAAAGUGCUACAUCCGUCGGGAAGUGACAUACUUGGAAGCAAGUAUCUGCUGGAGCGUUUGAGGGAUUCGCUGUCGGUAGCACGGUCUAAUCCUAUGUGGCGGCGGGGCGCCGAUUUCAUGCUCUGGAUGACAUUCAUGAUGUCGUAUGUGGUGUACGAAAUACCGAAAGCACUCAGCCAGCUAUCCGCCAUCGAUAACUCGGGCGUGAGUGACCCGGCGUUUGCGGAGGUGGAAUCAUGGCUUCUGGGGCUGCUGUGUGACUUGUUUGAGGCGUUGGAUAUCCGCUCGUUUCUCGAAAUGGAGAAGCAGCUUCGAAAUUUUAUGUGGAUUGAGAAGCCCUGUUUGGAUUUGGCGAUGGAAUUGUACACGAAGGCUAUAGCCUUCUUGUCAGACGGCAAGCAGAUCGUCUCAGGGUCUAGGGAUGAGACCAUUAAGCUGUGGGACAUUGCCGAAUCCUUUAAAGCCUCAAGAUUGCCGGGCAACACUUUCAGUAGUCAUCUUAAGUUCCGAACAUGGCAGGAAAUCAAGACCUCCAAGCUUGCCUCCCCUCUAAAAUUCUCUACAGACUGCCGAUACCUCGUAACAAAUCUCGGUCAGAUCAAGAAUAAACGCGUCUUUGCAAAUACUCUAAGCUUUGAAUUCGAGUCGUUAGAAAAUCUCUAG